UCCUACUGACAUAAAUAACAGGCUGCUAGCAGCUGAUCGCACAGUCAUCCAGUUAGCUGAAAAUUCAACUCUGGUGCGACCGUCCUUAUGACAGGAUUUCGACGCGUUAUUGCGAUCCCUACAUAACAGAAGCUGUAUUUUUACGUUAGUGAACAGGGAGUAUUCAUCACCGCAGUGCCAUGGAGUUUCCGGAUUUGGGAGAGCAUUGCUCGGAGAAGUCCUGCAAGCGGCUAGACUUCCUGCCAAUGAAAUGUGACGCCUGUGAGGAAAUCUUUUGCAAAGACCACAUCACUUACGCCAAUCACAAGUGCACUUCAUCCUACAAAAAGGAUGUCCAGGUCCCAGUGUGCCCGCUGUGCAACAUUCCCAUCCCCAUCAAAAGAGGAGAGAUGCCAGACAUUAAAGUGGGAGAGCACAUAGACCGCGACUGCAAGUCCGACCCAGCACAGAGAAAAAGAAAGAUCUUCACAAAUAAAUGUUCGAAGGGAGGCUGCAAGCAGAAGGAGAUGAUUCGCGUGACGUGUGACGACUGUCACUUGAACUACUGUCUGAAGCACAGGCAUCCGCUGGACCACGACUGUAAGGCAGACGGCAAAUCGGUUUCCAAGUCUGGGCAUGCUGCUCUGAUGAGGGCCCAGCCCACCUCCAGUAGCAGCUCUGCCACUUCCUCCAGCAGGGGGGGCUCUCGGCCCAUCUCCAAUGGCGUGCCGGGGAAUUCCAGGACCCACAGCAAUGCACAAGCAACAUACACUCAAGCCCCUGCAGUGGCUGCUUCAGCACAGAAUGUCAUACCCCCAUCAGUGUCUUUCCAAGCAGGACUGACAGAGGAGCAGGCUCUGCAGAGAGCUCUGGAGAUGUCCUUGGCAGAGUCGGCGCAGCCAAGCCCUCCUCAGGCACUCAGUCCGCAGGAGCAGGAGGAUCUGGCCCUGGCUCAGGCUCUGGCUGCCAGUGAGGAGGAGUAUCAGCGUCAGCAGCAGCGGAGACCACAGGUAGCCCGCCCCCGUACCCGCACCCGCGCCCGCACCCGCACGCGCACGCUUAGCCGUCAGUAGCAUGCUAACAGGAGCCCUACUAGGGAAGGGAUAGCAGACAGUCCAACUGCCUCCUCUCCUAACACGAGCACCCUGGAGGGUGGACGGACAGAUGGACUCACUGAAGGAGCGUCCGAGUCUGAGAUGCCUCGUACGCAGGAGAGCCUCCAGUAGCCUGCUGGUGACCAGGCAUCAGCAGACCACUCCUCGGACCCAGCAUCCCAAUCUUCCCAGUUCAACCAAAACAAAUACACAAGACUUUGCUAUCUGCAUCACACUUUUUGUGUGUGUGUGUGUGUGUGUGUGUGUGUGUGUGUGUGUGUGUGUGUGUGUGUGUGUGUGUGUGUGUGUGUGUGUGUGUGUGUGUGUGUGUGUGUGUGUGUGUGUGUGUGUGUGUGUGUGUGUGUGUGUGUGUGUGUGUGUGUGUGUAACUGCUGCUCACAGACUUUAGCCGGGAUCCGCUGCAUUUAUAUUAUACCGCUCAAAUUGUACAUAUUUUCUAUAAUGGUCAUGGUAAUCAAUGCCAUAGAAAUUCCUUUCUUGAAUAAAUUAUUUUAAAGAUGUUUAUUUUGGCUCGUGAUCGUGUUUUUAAUUUGUCUAAUGAGGCAGUGUUUUCUGUGAUCACGUCAUCUGGGAGCUAAUGUAAUAGAAUUGAACAAAUGGUGCCUUUUUAGCUGCUGUUUGUGUGCGGCUUCACCUUUGGGACUAAAUAGUCCACCUUUGCAAAGAUGAAAAUAGAAAUGCAUACAAUGGGUCACUCAUGCUGAUGCGUCUCAUUCUGUGAGUAGACCAGUAGUUUGUCAUCUUUAAGGGCUUCACCAAUAAACUCUUAUCUACACUUAUCAAUACAUUUGAUCUACAUACCAAUAGCCAUUUUAUGAAGUCUUAAUUCUUCAAAUUCUGGCUGUUUGAUCUGCUGGAAAAUCAUGUGGGCACUGUCCUGUUUGAUUAUGUAAAUUAGACUUAUCAUCCACCUUUAUUGCCAUUGUUUGUUCUUCAAUGUAUGCAUGUCUUCCAUAUUUGUGCGUAAUUCAUCUUCAAGAUUUAUGUCAUAUUGACACUUGAGAAAUUGUUCAUGUUCUUUGGCGAGCAGAGCCAUUGUUGUUUGCAUCUGUUAUUUCGCCACCAGGGGGUGUGGUUGCACUGCAUAGUGCUCAUGUCAUGUUCUGAUGUACUGUGUGCAUCAGAGAACACCUCUAGCACAUUCAUUUAGUGUUUGUGAGUUCAGUGCUGACGACAGUACAUUCAGAGGUGGAAAAAACAUGAUUUCUUUCUUCCAAUCAUUUUCUAUUCUCCUGUAUGCUGAAAUAAAGGCUGUUCUCUCUCA